AUGGGAGACAAGAGUGAUGGCCGGAAUGAUGUGCUCAUGGAGAACUUGGAGGCUACGAAGGAUCUAGGAAAGGAGGGAGAAGGACCCCCUGCUCGUAAACCAACGUUUAAGGAGCAAGUUAUGGGACCCAAGCCGCUAUUAAUCCUUGACGAUGUUGACUUGCUAAAGAAAGGGAUUAUGCAGAUGGAUCUGGUGGAGGGAAAUCGCCUCUUCCCUUCAUUUGAUAUGGAGGACCAAGCUUACACGACUAUUUGUUCGCCUUGGGUAGAUUGCUUGGUGAUCAAGCUUUUGGGUAAAAAGAUUGGUUACAGAAUAUUGUGUGAACGACUGAGGUCAUUGUGGAUGCUGACUGGCAGUUUUGAAGUGAUUGAAGUGCAUAAUGGUUAUUUCUUUGUUAAGUUUGAUAUACCUGAGGACAAGGUGAAGGUGUUGAUCGGGGCACCGUGGAUGAUUUUUGAUCAUUACUUCUCUGUGAAACCUUGGACAUCAGAUUUUGUGGCAACGGACUCGAAGAUCAAUACGACUGCUGUGUGGGUUCGCAUUCCAGGCCUAGGCCCGCAGUGGUAUCACAAGAAAAUUCUGAUGACUCUAGCCAAAGGCGUGGGGAAACCGAUCAAGGUUGAUAUGAACACAGUUGACAUGAACAAGGGUAGGUUUGCACGAGUAUGCGUGGAGAUUGAUUUGAAUCUUCCAGUAGUGGGAAUGCUCCGCCUUAAGGGUUUUCUACUUUCACUAUUAAGCGAUUGUCGAACCUGUUGUCCAAGCAUCGUGCAGGACAUUCGUUCUAAAGGGAACCUGAAUUACAGUCAUCUACAAAAUCAUUACUAA